AUGACUGAGCAAGAGAUCUCGUUAUUGAACAAGGUGGAGCUACGAAUUGCUUUAGCUGAAGGUGACAAGCAAUUGGAAAAUGCGCUAAAGAUCUAUCUCCCACCUGUUUUGUUGAAGCUCGCGAGCCCUAAUGCACAAGUACGACAAUUAGUCUUCAAGAUUAUCCAGCAUGUAAUUCCUCGAAUAACUGCGGCAAGAAACCUUCGCUUACCGGUGGAAGCAUUGAUUGAACAAGUUAAGAGUCCUAACGUGGAUCCCGGACUGGACUCGACGUCUGUGAGAUUAUACUCGGCAUUGUUUGUUUCCAAGGGGAUUGACAGGAUGGGGGAUGAAGAGAAAACGACACUAGUUCGUCCUGUGGUUGAAAAAUUGUCAGAUCUACCGGAAUCUAUAGCGGCCCGAAUGUUUGGAAUUUUGUGCAAAUUACUCAAGACUUGGAAAGCCCCGUAUCCGGAUUCCGACGAGUUUGAAGCGCAAAGACAAAUAUUUGUUGCAGAUGGGAAGAAUGAACGGUAUAUUGCUUUCAAGGUAGCUAAAUUUUUAUUGCUUAAUAUGGAAUCCACUACCAAAGGGACAAUCGGUUUAAGUAGUCAGGAUAUCAAAUAUUUCACGACUGAUGCUGGAGUGGCUUUUCAAAAUAGUCAAGAACUAGCUACAACGAAAUUGUCGUUGCUUGAAUUUUUAAAGUCCGGAUUCACUAAUGGCCAGCUCGUCUUUCCACUUUUAAUUGCUUCUGCAGAUCUGGUUACGGCUAUCGGAGAAGCAUCGGGGAAGUUUCUUAAGACGUUGGAUGUAAAUGUGGACGAAAUUGGACUUUAUGGCGACAUAAAUUUGAUAGAUUUUCUUGUUGCGAUGUUUUUGGAAACAAACAGGAUAACGCCUUAUGAUUGGAAUUUGCGACUUGUGAUUAUGCAGCUUUUGUUGAAAACUGAAUCCAUUGAGAAGCACAAGCAAGUGAUAGACGUGUGCAAGAUUGGAUUGAAAUCCCCAUCGCUAAAAGUGAGAAAGCUUGUUACUACUCUUGUUGACCGUCUCUUGAAAGCAAAUAAGAACAAAUCUGGUUUUGAGGAGUUUGCUGUGAGCAUCGCAGCUGACCUUCGUUCCAGUCUUGCGAACGAGGCAUUGUCAAAUGAAGGCUCUACUUUGUACAAUUCCACCUUAUAUGCAGAAAAACGGUCCAAGUAUGAGACAUUGGGAAGUGUAUUGCAUUCGGCGCCGACUAUAUUUAUCAAUGACUGGUCCUACAUCUCUUUCUUACUUGAUGCAAUGGAGAAUGAGGAUUCUGAAGUGAAAGUCUCCAUACAAAACGUUUUAUCUGGGUUGUCUAGUCAUUUGAGUGAAAUAAGCGAUUCUAAUAAACUAGCUUUACGAGAGAUGGCGCAAAACUACUUUUUAAAGUCUUCAAACUUUGGUAUGGGAAAAUACAUUCUUUUGAAGUAUAUGAUUUUGGCGUUUCCUUUUAACGACUCCUUUGCACGAAUGUUAUCGAUUGUUGCCACUGGGAAAGCAAACAGUCCUGAGAUUGUGGAAGAAUCAAACAAGGGUUUACAUCCAUAUUGGUUUAAUCUUUCGCACGCAAACAAUGCCAAAGGAUUUGAGUCGACGUCUUUUUUAUUGGGGAAUGAGACAAAUGUUACAUUUCCAGAUUUUGCUGACUUUGUGGGUACUAUCGUGACUGAGCUAAAGAAUGACCACUCCCCAUUGUAUGAAACGCUUCCCAGGGCGAUUGAAUUUGCCAUGCAAAUAUUUGUGAUGGAGGCUUUGGGUAGUAACAAAACUGUUAUUGCUUUGGAUGAAAACUGGUCAGUGCGUUUGGACAAGGCAUUGGAGUCAAAUGAUAGAGUAAGGACUCUAGUGGUUUCAAAAAUGAGAGAUGACAACUCCAGAGAAGCCAUGAGUGCACUUUUAUCCAUCUGUUUCGAGGCUCUUGCAGGACAAUUCAGAAGCGAUUCCAGUAUCAUCCGUAGCACUUUUUACGGAACGUCAAUUGCUCGUUUGCUCAGUUUUGCUUCCUCUGAGGUAGCUGCAUCUCUUUUGGGAAGAAUAGAUGAGUUGGUUUCUUUACUUCGUCAAAAUGUCUUACCAGAUCCUUCGGUAAGUGAAGUUUGCAAAAUUUUGGGUAUUCUAGGAAGUCAUCCAUCAGUCAACGAGCAAAGGGUUGCAGCACUUUUGAAUUCUGUGGAUGCUGUGAAGAAUCAGUCUGUUGCUGCGUUAUCACAAUGCUAUAUCAUUUCAAGGCUAGCCGCAAGAGGAAGGCGCGAAUUGAUCACGUUUCUGCUCAUAGAGAAGUUGCUUCAGAGUGUCAUUGAGUUGUCGAAGCACCAAUCUACGUAUCCUAUUUCCAUGGAGCUGAUAACCCAAUUGGCAAUGUUUGGUGUCAUCAAAGAGUCAUUGUUGCGCAGUGUUGAACCACACAUCGACGAAAUUAAAUCAGCUGUUCGAGUAAAGCUGAAAAAGUUUGAUGAAAAAAGUGUAUUAACAUUGGGAUAUCUCACCUUGUUGGAACAACAAGACUCAUCGGAUGAGUUGACUGUAGAUGAACAAAUGAUCUACGAAUUUCACAACUCAAAAGAAAUCGAGUCGAUUUUUGCGUCUGCAGAAGCCUUUGUCAUUGCAUCAGCAGGUUGGGAGUCCAAGCUCUUGCAGCACAAACUUGACAUCCCCGAGGUUGAUACGCAAGAGUUGCCGAGAAACACUUUGAGGCUACGUGUUAUUUUGAAUGCCAUUGUUUCCGCUUGCAAAAAUACCAAACCAUCGUUGAGGCGUGCAGGUUGUAUCUGGCUCUUAUCCCAAGUGCAACAUUGUGGUCACUUGGAUGAAAUUAAGCUGAGAUCUUCCGAAUUGCAUUCCUGCUUUAUGAGGUUUUUAGCCGACAAGGAUGACAUAGUUCAAGAUUCUGCUUCAAGAGGUUUGGCUUUGUUGUAUGAAUCGGGAGAUGCCGAAUUCAAGGAGUUGUCUGUCAAGUCUUUGCUAAAGUCCUUCACUCAAUCUGAUGCAUCAUCAUACACUGCAGGAAGUAUCCAGAAUGAUACCGCUUUGUUUGAGCCUGAUGUUUUGAAAACUCAUGAUGGGUCUGUCUCCACGUACAAGGAUGUAUUGAACUUAGCGCAGGAUGCAGGUGACCCGAGUCUUGUUUACAAGUUCAUGUCUUUGACAAAAUCGUCGGCAUUGUGGUCAUCACGCCGAGGAAUCGCUUAUGGUUUGGAAUCUAUUUUAUCGCAAUCCUCUUUGGACCAGAUGCUAUCUAGCAACCCAAAUUUCACCCAAAGGCUCAUUCCUAAACUUUAUCGGUAUAGGUACGAUCCUUUCACCAGUGUUUCGCAAUCCAUGGAGUCUAUUUGGACUGCAUUGGUUCGCGACCCAAACCGUAUAAUCAAGGACAACUUUGAUCUGAUUUUGAGUGAAUUGUUGGCUGGUAUGGGACAAAAAGAGUGGAGAGUGCGGCAAGCGAGUGCAACUGCUAUGAGCGAUCUAUUGCAAGUUGUUGAUUUGGAUCGUUACGAAUCAAGAAUAGAGGAAAUUUGGACAAUGAGUUUCCGAGUGAUGGAUGAUAUAAAAGAAAGUGUGCGAAAGGAAGGGUUGAAGUUGACAAAGUCUUUGGUUUCAAUUUUGACAAGGGCCUUGGAAAGGGAAACAAGCAAUGACAGUCAGGCAAUUUUAGGCCGGUUGAUACUGCUUUUGAUGGGAAAUAAAGGAAUUCUUGCUGAUUCCCAAGACAUCAAAGACUUUUCAAUCAAGACUUUGUUGAAACUUUGCAAGACAAGGAGUAAAGCUUUGAAGCCGUAUAUUGCUGACUUGAUUGAAAAUUUCAUCAAUCUUUUCUCCACCUUGGAGCCUGAAGUUGUAAAUUAUUUGGCACUAAAUGCAGGUAACUUCAACAUCGACAACCAAGAGUUUGAUGCAAAGCGAUUGCAGAAUGUGGGAAAAUCUCUGUUGAUGGAUGCCAUUGAAUUUUUAUUGAGUCAACUUGACGAGAAGGCAAUGCCGCGGUUUUUGGUGAAGAUAGAACAAAGUGUAAAGUACAGUGUUGGGUUGCCAUCGAAAGUAAGUGGGUCAAAGGUAUUGAUCACGUUAGUGAUGAAUUACCAUUCGCUUAUGAAACCAUAUAGUGCCAAGCUUUUGGAAAUUGCGUCAAGUCAAAUCAGAGACAGGAAUAAUACUGUGGCGUCUUGUUACGCUGCUGCUGCAGGUUACAUAUGUCGUAUAUGUCCUGUGGAUGCACUUAUUGGUUACUCGGAAAAGAUUACCAAGAUGUAUUUUGAACCCAAGGAAAGCGGAGAUGAAAGGUCGAGGAUUUUAGCUUCCAACGCAAGUAACUGUGUUUCGAAAUAUUCUGGAGACCAAUUCAGCGUGGUUGCGUCCGCAUUCCUACCUUUGGCUUUCAUUGGUCAAUUUGACAGUCUAGAGCCGGUGAAGCGAAACUUCGAAAUGGAAUGGACAGAACAUACUGCUGGUGAUUCGGCUAUCAAGUUGUACUCCACUGAAAUUCUUGAUUUUGUAAAGAAGUACUUGAAGUCUAACGAGUUUUCUACAAGGGCUACAUUGGGACGAGCCAUGUGUCAUCUUUGCGCUUCAUUAGGUGAUUCGGGUCACUUUUCCGACAGCACGGUUGAGAAUUUGAUUCAAUUGUUGGUUGAUUGUAACAAGGGUAAGUCAUGGGAAGGUAAAGAGUAUGUGUUUGGUGCUUUGGUUGAAUUUUCCAUCUUGAGUAAAAAGUACUUGUUGGAACAUCAUGAAUUACUCCAUUUGGUUGAAAAGACGAUUGGAACGGAGAUUAGAAGAAGAAACAAGAGAUAUCAGAGAUUGGCAGUACAAACGGCUGGGAAAUUCAUUCAUGAGAUUCAUAAUCAAGAGCUUGUCGAGGUUUAUAUUGAAGUCAUGAAUGAUAUUUUGCAACGUGAAACUAAAGGUAAAGACGAUGACAGUGAUGAGGAAAUGGUUGAUGUGGAACGAGGAAGCAGGGCAGAUUCGGUGAAAGAAGAGAGGAUAUUGCAAUUGUUUCAUAAUUUUGGGGUUGCAGUUUAUGCAGAGCCGGCUGGUGAUUUCAGAUUACCUCAGUUUGUAUUUGAGCAGAUGAGACAUCUUUUCCAAUCUGGAGUGCCCAUUACAUGGAGGUCGAAAAUCAAGAUCAGUGAAUUGUUUAGAAAGCUUAUUAGGACCUUGCCGAGUAGCAACGGAAUAGAGCCAGAUGUGAUGGACACUUGGAAAGUUUUGAAGGGUCAGUGUUUGUAUGUGGAUGCCUUGGAGGGGGUAAAGUUGGAGUUUAUUCGGUUAUCUAAAGAGUUGUUGCUGUUUUUGACAGAGACGGAUAACAAGAGACAUGUGGAACUGGCAUUGCGUGAAUUUUCCAGUGUAGAGAAUUCUAAUGUAGUUAAAGUUGAAUUAGCUAAAUAG